AUGUGGGACCCGUUGUGCGCGCUGGGUGCCCUCACUGCAGCGUGGCUCCUGCUGUGGGCGGUGUGGGGUGCCGGCCGCGCCAUCUACGUUUACCUGCUGCCCUGGGUCCGCCGGGAUGCCCGUUGGUUCCGGUCGCACGGAGCCUGGGCAGUCGUAACCGGAGCCACGGAUGGAAUUGGCAAAGCCUAUGCUCAUGAGUUCGCCAAGAAAGGUCUGAACAUCGUCCUCAUCAGUCGAAACCUGAACAAGUUGCAACAGGAGGCAAAGGAGAUUGAACGGCUUCAUGGUACCGAAACACGAAUUAUCCAGGCUGACUUCACUGGGGGCUUGGAGAUCUAUGGGGCCAUCGAGGAAGGACUGAAGGGCCUGGAGAUUGGAAUAUUGGUGAACAAUGUGGGCAUGUGUUUCAACAGGACCUUGGGGAAACUUCUUGACCUCCCGAACCCAGCCAAGAAUCUUUCGGAUAUUAUGAACUGCAACAUGAUGUCGGUGGUUCAGAUGACAAGAAUUGUCCUGCCCCAAAUGGUUUCCAGGCACCGAGGCAUCAUCAUCAACCUGUCUUCUUUGGCUGAAAGCCGCCCCAACCCAUUCUUCACUGCCUAUUCUGCCACUAAGGCCUUUGUGAAGAGCUUCUCUCUGGCAGUGGCCGCCGAGUACUUCCCUGAAGGAAUCACAGUACAGACGGUUAGCCCUGCUGCUGUCUCCACACAUAUUAUCAACAACCCCAAAACCGGAUUGCUGGUGAAGAAUGUCCAAGAUUGGAUUGAGCCAGCGGUCCACACCAUAGGCCUCUCCUCCCAUACUGCUGGAUGCCUCAAUCACGGGAUACAGGUGCCUACACUGGGGCCAGCGUGGGCAGAAGGCUGUGGAGGACAGUUCCUGCUCUUUGCCCACUGA